AUGUCAUUUUCAUUGAAAAACGAAGAUCCUCUCUCUUUGUCAUUUCUAUAUCAAGAAGACCAAUGCAACCUUUCAAAUCAAAACUUACCACCUUUAUCAUUAUUUGCUAGGAUUCUGAAUUAUGACCAAUCUGACACAUCGUUAAAUGCAAUUUCAAAAAAUAAAUCAGCCUUAUCCCCAAUCCAAACCUCUAAAAACUCUUCAGACCUUCACGAGUCUUGAAAAUAUUCAAAAGAAGUCUCAGAUAUUCUUCAAGGGCAUCAUCUAUACGCCCCCAGUGUUUUAGUCAAAAGUGGGUCUCAAAACUAUAACGGCCUACUCAACGAGUUCAGCGAAGACGUAGAACGAGGAGAUCUGAGCCCAAGUAGUCAAGAUUUUGAAGAAGGGUCUAUAGACUAUAGUCUUACUGAUGAAGAUAACGCUAACAAAGAAACUAUUGUAAACUUGCCAACUGAAAAAGCACCCCCUGGAUAUUUAACCCCAAACUCAAAAAUCUCCCCAGGAAAAGGAAUGAGAACAUCAACAGUUUAUACAAAUUUGAGCUCUGAUUCAAGUGUCAUGAUUACAUCUUAUUUAUCAAAUAACGGCACAAAGCUGCCUGCUAGAAAGAUAUCGCAGCUUAAACCUGAGCCUGAAGAAGAAUUUGAAGUUAUUGAAAGCAAGCCCAGACUUAUAAGGCCAGAUCGAAGUGUCCAUACAAGCAUAAGAAAAUCGACUUUGGCUUUUCCAAACUUGCUAUAUUGUCCUACAUGCAAUGAAGAUACUUAUUCGAAUAUAUCAUUCCAAGUACAAAAUUUAGGCUUUAUUGAUUCAAUUAAGUUCUUCUUUCAUGCUAUCAAGUGUUGCAGAGAAGUGAACUCACUAAGCAAGUAUCAAGAAAUUGUGCAUACGUGCAGAAAAUGUAAAAAUGUCUUAGCAAGGGUCAGAGUGGCGUAG